AUGAGACACAACAUUCUGAAGAUCCUGCCUAUCCUGUGUUGCACGUUGCAUUUACACGCUGGACAAUUAAUUCGUGACGCAAGAUGCUUCCUGGAGAACGGUGCCACCGCUGCACACCUCUUCGUCAGCGAAGAUCUGCCAGUCGGUGACACCGUGGGCGUUCUGGGGGUAUUGGGGGAUCCGGGACCACAGGGAGACAUCGAACUCAGGCUCCAAGAGCAUGACAGCCCCGUGAGCUUUUCAGCGUACUCGAAAAAUCUAACUUUAAUCAGACCUCUGGAUAAAGAGGGUAUCGAUGGACCUGCCAGCGUUUACGUGAAUGUAAUUUGCGAGAGGAAACAUACGUUGGAUCCAGGGUUCGUGAUUCCGGUCAAUAUCCGCGUGACUGACGCCAAUGACAAUGCACCUCAAUUUGUAAAUGCGCCUUACGUUCUUAAUAUCUCAGAGGUUACUGUGGUUGGUACCAGGGUUCUCCAAGGUGUAAGAGCUGUGGAUGCUGAUCAACCGGGGCCAUUUUCUACUGUACAGUAUGCCGUUUUACCUGGACCACAUUCUGAUUACUUUGUGUUCGUGAAUGCUUUAGAAGGUACCUUGGUGUUGAGGAAACCAUUAGAUUACGAGACUCUAGCCAAUUUUUCAGUCGACAUCCGUGCACAAGACCAAGGUAAUCCUCCCAAAUCGUCAACAACGACCCUUUACGUGAACGUUAUCGAUGCGGAUGACCAAAAUCCUGCCUUCCAAAGUGACCAAUAUAAAAUAAUUAUUCCACGACAUGUAACAACGAGAAGGAUAUUAAAGGUAGAACUAACCCCCAUAAAAGCUGUGGAUCAAGAUGUGGGGAUUAAUGCUCCAGUGAAAUAUACAAUUCAAGGAGGAAUUCUUCCAUUCCUCACACUGAAUCCAGAAACAGCUGAGGUCGCCAUAACGCGAUCAUUAUACGAGCAUGAACUCUUAUCUCCAGCGACAAUUGUUAUUAAGGCUACACAGAUAGACAAUCCAGAUAAAUAUGCUCUUUCUACCAUAGUCGUUUCCCGGGAGAGUGAAUGGAACGUGGAACCAACUGCUGGUGGAAGGCUGCCAGUAAAAUUCUUACGACGGGAUCAUCAAACGAGUAUUCCGGAAAACACUCCACCGGGAAGCGUUUUAUUAACCGCAGGAGUAAAUAAAGUAGAUUCUAAUUUAAGGUUUUGGCUUGUUGGAGCAAUUGAAGACUUGGAGAGGUUCUCGAUCACCAAUUCUGGUGAAUUAAUUCUAAAAGGCACCUUAGAUUACGAAAGACGGGUCCAGCACAGUUUCUUGGUCCGCGUCACUGACGGUCAUCACAACGACACCUCACGCGUGAAUGUUUCCGUUGAGGAUGUAAAUGAGUGGGAACCCCGGUUUCGUCAUCCCAGAUACGAAUUUCACGCUGCAACCUUAAGAGAAGGAUCCAUUGUCGGGAAAUUGGAGGCUGCUGAUGGUGACAGGGACGACAAAAUUAGUUUAUCUCUCAGAGGUCCAGAUGCAAGAUCUUUCGAGAUACGUGACAAUGGAGAAUUGAUACUCAGAUCAGUAGCAAGUAUUAAUGGUUCCUUGGCCCGACUAGUGGCUGUAGCCUCUGACUCAGGUCGUCCUCCCAGGUCUAGUAUGAUACCAGUGAUCGUGCACAUACCGAAUAGUGGUUCCCUUCCAAUUGCUGCGAGAGCUGCACCCGCUUGGUUAGGCAGCAGCGUGCUAUUAGUUGCAGUCUUUGGCGCUGUCUUGGGUCUUCUUGGAGUUAUAAUACUUGUUUUAAUUUUGUACAUAUAUAAGAAUAAACAAGUUAUCAGUUCUAUUUCUGUAAAAAAGUUANNGACAGGCUAUCGCGAAAAAUCGCCAGUCCCAUCCGCUCUGAGCCCAACUCCUCAAGUACUUGGGGCAAACAUGCUGCAAGACGCCCUGGAGAUACCUCGAAGAGGAAAUCGAGUCGAUGGUACGCACAGUAUCGACGAAAACGACGAGGAGAUGGAAACUGGGGACGAUCCAGAGGAAGAGGAUCGUAUUGAUCAGGAGAUUGCCGAUGAUAGUAAUAAUGGUGAACCUCAAGAAGCGAACAACGACAUCAAUGACGUUGAAAAUCCUGUUUUUGGGACGAGGAACUCCUACAGUGCUACGAUUAAAAGUAUAACUUCCGCUAGACAAGUGCCUCUCUAUGCAAGACACAAAGUGGCCCCUGCUCCAAAUCCGCCAGGUCUGUCAGCAACGUCCAAUAUUCCCAAUAUCGGUGGCCUCGUUCAGAACAUGAACGAUUUGAGCGCGAAGACCAACUUGAACGUCGGUUCUUGCGAAUCUUCCAACUAUUCUGGGGACCUUCCGGACUCCUUGAUGCCAGCCUGGCCUGCAUGCUCUGUUUCACAAAGGGUGAAAAAGUUGUCCUGGGAUGAUGAUGACAGGACGGUCGACAGCGUGGAAGUGGCGGCGGAAACGAGGUCCAGGAGCAGCCAAAUAGGCAACGAGCGACUCAAUCUCACCGUGUACUUCUAA